CUCGAACCGACCCCCACAUCCGGAGCCCCCAUUCCGACCCCAUAAGCGCACCUCCGAACCCGCCCGCCCCACUUUCCACAAUCUAUAUGCAUAUAUGCAUAUGGCCCAGAAGGCGCAGGGCCAUCCAAAAGCCCUUGACCGAACUUCGCCUUGUCCAUUGUCGCAUGUUGCCCCCACACACGCACCCUGCCCACGCCACCCGCAUCCAACAGAAAUCAAACGUAGCGCUUUCACCAUAGCAAGAGCCCGGGCGCUAGGACACUCCAAGGUGUGUUCGCAUGUGGGGGCACAACGCGAGACAAGGGGCUUUGGCCGUCCAACCAAGCCCAGCUAGUCACCAGGUCACCUAAGCUUCACAGGGUACAGACCUGCAUGCCAAGCGGACGCGCAAGGACAUAGAUUCCGGGGCUCUGCCGUACUCCUAAGCGGACGGGGGUGCGGGCAAAACCUCGCCAGGCCUCGCCUGAUAUUAGGGCUUGGCGCUGUGGAAAGCGGGGCUCAAAUUGGAGAGGUUGACAUCAAGUUUGGGGGCGAAACGUGCGGCUGGGCAGGGGCGCCGAUGAGGGUCUCGGCCGAACUCGCACAGACUUCUGCAGCGGAGUGAACUCUUUCUGAACCCUGGUCAGCCUUUGCAUUCACUCCAUCAUGCCGAUGUGUAAUUAUAUCACAUUCUAAAAACUCAGCGGGCUCCUCGAGGCCCGAAUACGGUCAAGCGGGGCCGCUGCAACCAAAAUGUUAAACUUUUUCAUCGCCAUACCUAUGUACCUGCUGUCCCAGCACCACCUUGUGCAGCAGCCAGUGCAAGUGCCCUUCCCGCCCCCGCCUCUUCCCGCCACGCCAACACUCCCCACCGCACCAGCUGCUGCCAUUCCUAGCAGAGCUUCUGGUCGGCUACUGUUGCAGUCUGGAGGUUUUGACGCAGCUUCACCACCCACGAAUAUGACGGUGACGUACCAGUGCCUGUGGAGCCCUGACGGCGUUAGCUCGCUCUGCAAGCAGACCGAGCAGGUGUUCUUCAUCACCAUAAUCAGCGCCAUCCUGGUGUUCACGGCCUGGAUGGCGGGUCCGCUGACGGCGCUAACGCAGGAGGAGGGGCCACUUCGACCGCUGAUGCUCUGCAUCACGGUCGCGACAGUUGCGUGCGGCGCAAUCCUAGACCUCAUCAUCACCAUCGUCGUAGGGAGCGCGGCGUAUCGGAUGUGGGACGCGUUUGCGUCCGUGGACGCGGCGGAGCUGCCAGGCAGCUGGUACCGCAACGAGGUGCACGGCCUCACAGUCACGGUGGCGGUGGUGUCGGGCCUGAGCAUCCCGCUCAACCCCUCGCUGCUCAUGCUGUUCACGCGCGCCGUGGAGCGCUACGUGGACCGCCGCUGGCCGAGCCGCAUCCCCCACGACGACCUCAGCAGGGGCGGCAGGAGCGCCCAGGAGGUUCUGCAGGAGGAGCAGGCGAAGCGGCGGCUGCGGCUGCAGGCGCUGGGGGCGGCCUCGGCGCCUGUGGGCGCUGCGCGCGCGGCUACGGAGGGGGCCGCGAUCCGGAAAUCGGGGUCAGGGCACGGAGGAGCGGGGGCGGGGGCGGGGCCCGCGAAUCGGAGCAACCGCAGCGUGUCACGGGGGCAGGCAUACCAGAUAUGAGGAGCAGGGGAACGUGUGGGGUUUGUGUUUGUGUGUGUGUGCGUGGUGGUGUUUGCGCACACUGGCAGCUUGGCAGGGGACGAAAGGUUGCGGUGUGUUGCAGGAGGUGACAGGAGCUGGGAGGAUGACGGCGCUGCAGGACGCAUUUGGCAAGAAUAGCAGGAUGUAGCGGGAAAGGCAACUGUGUUUGGUGCUUUGCUUACGGUACAUUCUCAUGUACGGGUGCAGACAUUACCAGUGAGGUAGGUAGGGAGCGUUGCGAAUUUGCGGCAUUUGGGGCUGCUGUGUUGCACAACGCCUGCCUGGAUCCAGCAGCCGCACGCGUGUGGCUGCCAUGUCUUCUGAACUGCGCGAAGCAGGCU